AAUUUCAUAAUUUUAAGUAUGUGGUUCCCAUUCAGUUAUGCACAGUAAAGGGAUAACCUAGACAGAGUUGGUCUGAGGUUGCCUGAUCUAAUUGUGAAUCUUUAUUGAUUGAAUGCUGGGAUCUCCAUUCCCAAUCAAACCCUAAAGGUGGAUCAAGCCAAAUGUCCUUUGGCCCAGAACCCUGUUUCCACAAAGGUCAGAGCAGGAUGUCCGGGUGGUCGUAACCAUAGUUUCCUUACGCCUUCUGAACAUGGAGGCUCUAUUGAGUGACCUUGUAAAGGGCAGCCCCGAACUAACGACCUCCGCAGAAUCGCGAGGCGGCCGCAGGAUGACUCUUCCCGGGCCUCCGUUUGCGCCCAGCCGCCUUCUCCCGUCCCCGGGCUGACGGAUGACUAAGAGCAACGCGCUGCGGGAGGAUGAUCAUGGGCGGAGAAGGGACAGGUCUGAGCAGAGUCCGACGGUGUGGCUGGGCGGGAGAGGAAGGAGGCGCCCCCCGGGGGUAGGAGGGGAGCGGGGAACCGCCAGAGAACCCGAGCGGGGAACGGCGAAGCUCAGCCUCCCCGCCCAGGCACCGGGCCGGGAGCCGUACUAGCUCGAAGGCUCGGCCCCGCCGCCUUCCGUUGGCUCUCCCGGGAGGCGCGCCUAGGUCUCGGGCACUGCUCUCCGCUCCGUCCAUGCCGCUUUCUCAAGCAGAGGCUCCCUGAGCCGGGCUCCCUCUUCUUUUGCCUCCUUUCCGAUGUCGGGCCCCCGCAGCGCCUUGCAGGCCUGGUGCCGCCGCCAAUGCGAGGGUUACCCGGGCGUGGAGAUCCGAAACCUCAGCAGCUCCUUCCGGGAUGGCCUGGCCUUUUGCGCCAUCCUCCAUAGGAACCGGCCUGAUUUGCUGGACUUUACUUCCCUGUCCAAAGAAAAUGUAUAUGAGAACAAUCGUUUGGCAUUUGAAGUGGCUGAACAAGAACUGGGGAUCCCUGCCUUGUUGGAUCCCAAUGAUAUGGUCUCCAUGAAAGUUCCUGACUGCCUCAGCAUCAUGACAUAUGUGUCCCAGUAUUACAACCAUUUUAAUAACCCUACCCAAGCCAGAGUCGGCAUCCCUGUGAAACACUCAGCUGUAGCCUCCUCACCGAUUCUGCGAACUGACAAACCUUUGUCUGUACUUGAAGCUACAUCUACAUCCCAGGACAGUGUUACUGAAAGCCUGGCAGAGGAUUCCUCGCACACUUUCCUUAGCAGCCCUUGUGCAGCUUGCCAGCAACACGUUCACCUGGUUCAGCGCUAUUUGGCUGAGGGCAAACUUUACCACCGUCAGUGUUUCAGAUGCAAGGAAUGCUCCAGCACCCUCAUUCCUGGAUCUUACAAAUCUGGAUCUGAAUUGGGCACAUUUGUGUGCACCCAGCAUUGCGGUAAGCUGAGCAAACUGAGUGGGAAGACUGAGCACCAGCUAACUCCAGAACCGCCACUUGGAAAGGAAAGUACAGAAGCUGGGACAGUGAGUAAUGAGAUGGAAGAAAAGAAUGGCAUCUCAGAAAGUCACUUAUCAGCCAUGGAAGAAAUGGGCAAAAUGGGGGAAAGAACUGUUGGCGAAGUAAGCACAGAGCUUGAGAUACCUUGCAUCCGGCCAAAGAAUGAAGUGCCCACUUCCACUUCUGGCUCUUGCUUACAGUUGCCUCCCAAGCCUCCUGUACCAACCAAGCCACCAACACUUAUCCAAGAAAAGGUUAGCUUGCAACAUGGGCAGCUCAAAGAGCCUCGACCUACCCCUGCCCCUCGGAGGAGCACAGACCCAGCCAGUCUGUCACCACUGAAUUUAUAUCCUGUCCCAAGGCCCAGAGCCAAUAUGCAAAAUGAGAGUUCCAGUGAGCCACCAUCUGAUUUGGUCAAUGGUAAAUUUCCUGAGCUCAGCCCUCCAGUUCCAAAGCCCAGAAGUAGACCUUCUUCCUCAGACCGAUUCUUCAUGCUGCCUCCAAACUCUGUCUUUCCUAUUGCAGUUCACCAUCCCAUCUCCAGGCUUUCACACUCAGAACCAUCUUCUUCCACGCCGUCCCCAGCCCCCAGCUUGGAGAGUAUCACAUCUGAAUGUUUGGCCAAGGCUGCUGAUAACCUGAACGAUGGCUCUGUGCCGAAGAGCUCCUCUGAGCCUACAGUCCAUGCUCCAGCUGCUUCCAUCCUUUCCCACUCGGACUCCCCGCUGAUCAGUGUCCCUUCUGGUGAGGGACCUACAGUUCUGCCCGCCUGUUCUACCGAUUCCUCUUUAUCGUCAUCGAGUGAUUUGAUGGGCAAUGGGGAUGAGGCACAAGGUGGACAUUUACAGACUGGCAGAAUUUGUUUGUCUGGGAACUUGAAAACCAGCCCUGGGAAUACCUUUCCUAAGCCUCCUGCUGGAGCAUCUCCCACACCCAUUCUCUUGGCAUCAGAGUUGAACAGUGGGUCUGCAAGUAACUCUCCUUCACCCAAAGCACAGCCAAAGUCAUCCUGUAAGGAGAAUCCCUUCAACCGGAAGCCAUCACCUGCCGCUUCCCCUUCUAUUAAGAAAGCUUCAAAGGGACCCAAACCAGCAAGGCCUCCUGCUCCUGGACAUGGUUUCCCACUAAUAAAAAGGAAGGUUCAGUCAGAUCAGUAUGUUCCAGUGGAGAAUAUUUAUGGUGAAAUGGACAGCAUUGAGCAGCAGCUGGAUGAGUUAGAACACCGAGGAGUUGAGCUGGAAAGGAAACUCCGGAGCAUGGAGAAUGAUAUCCCUGAAGAUAGUUUGCUGGUGGAUUGGUUUAAGCUGAUUCAUGAGAAACAUAUGCUAGUGCGUCGGGAGUCUGAACUUAUCUAUAUUUUUAAGCAGCAGAACUUGGAGCAACGUCAAGCUGAUGUGGAGUAUGAGCUGCGAUGUCUUCUUAAUAAACCUGAUAAAGACUGGACAGAUGAUGACCGGAUCAGAGAGAAGGUAUUGAUGGAAGAGCUUGUAACCAUUAUUGAACAACGGAAUGCCAUUGUUAACAGUCUGGAUGAGGAUCGGCAAAGGGAGGAAGAGGAGGAUAAAAUGUUGGAAGCCAUGAUUAAAAAAAAAGAAUUUCGCAAGGACUCUGAGGCUGACAGCAAGAAGAAAGGAAAAUUCAAACCAAUGAAAGUGCUGAAGUUACUUGGAAAUAAGCCUGACUCAAAAAGCAGAUCCCCCAAGGAAAAAAGCUAAAGCAGCUGGGUGUGCCUAGCAAGUAGGAUGGCUUCCUGCUUUUGCCCAUUUUUUUUUAAAGAGGUUGUGCCUUGCCAUACACCAAAGCUGGCUUUAUCUCGGAAAAAUCCAACCACCUUCCACAGCAGCAGGUGUUAGAAAAUGGGGAAAUAUGGCAAGUCUUAUGAGCACAUUACAAAGCGGGACAGACAUGGUGGAAGAAGCUGUUUGCCAUUUUCUCUUUCAAGGUGGGGAUGGGAAUGGACAAAUAAAAUAGCUUUAGACUUCCUCAGUUGUGCACCUAUUAUAUCUUUGACUGUUCAGAACUUUUAAUCAUGUGUGCUUUGGGGGAAGUUGCACUAAUUGUCCUCCUCCUUUAACUGUGAUAGUCACAUGUGCCUAAUAAUCUCUUUGGGGGAGGGAGGGAGGAGGAAGGGAAUCCCCACUGUAGUUUGGGGAGCCUCUGGUUAUCUCUCUAGAAUUCCUUUUCUUAUUCUUUUUCUCCUCUUUGAUCAUUCAAUUAAAUAAUAAUAAUAAUUGGGCUUUCAGGGCAGAUUUUUGUUGUCUUAAAUUUUUAAAAUAUUUUGACCAUAGAAGUCUAUUAUAAAGUCAGUAAAAACAGCCAAAAAUCUAACCAGUGCUCUUAUUUCUGGAAGAUUUCUCUGCCACCAAAGAAGAUAUUAUGCUGUGAAUGCCAAUUCUCUUGGCAACCAGUUAACAAACCAGAGGAAAGACUAAGGCAGCUUUGACCUCUGUUGUAAAGCAAAUUGCGGAGGAUAGAUUUGUGCAGGUGUGAAUGGAAAACAACUGGAUCUUUUUAACCCUCUUAGUUGCUUCUGCUUCUGCUGCUAUUUAUAUCAGGGGACACAGCAGGCUGAGACAAUAACUCAUUGCCUGCCAAACAUUAGAGCCAGAAGAGGAUGUCAAGCUGUCUUCAAUAUCAACAAGGUACCACUGUAAUUCUUCUUAGCUCCCUCCCCUAAGGGUUUAUGUGCAUGUUUUUUUUUCCUAAGAGUGCAAAAGAUCUUUACAAUUUUUGUAGCCAAACUCCCUCUAUCUGACUUUCAGCUUUUUUUUUUUUUAGUUUUGUGUGUAUGUAUGAAUUCAGAGGGGAGAAUGUCUAUUUUUUUCCUCUUCUGGCUUCUCUAACUUGAGGGACUAUUUAUUGAGAUGUUUGUUUGGUCUGAGUUAAAUGUUGAUAAUAUUGUAGAUGUUGGUUUGAGUUCUCAUUAGCAAAUGCUGUGCUGCUUUAUUCAAAUGUGACAAACUGGCAAACAGUCCUUGACUGUGAUAUUCAGCCUGGAGUGCCCUCCCUAACUUGGAGCCCUCCAGAUGUGUUAUGCUACCAUUUCCAUCUGGUCAGCCAGUAUGUCAUGUUAAUACUAGUUUGGGAAUGAUGGAUAAUUCAACACAUCUGGAAAGCAGCAGUUAAGGUCUAGACCUUUUCAAAGCAGAACUGAAUUCAUUGGUGGUGUCAGCUCUGAUUGGGACCACCUUCUCAGCCUCUACAACAGGGGUGUCAAACUUGUGGCCUGCAGGGUGAACGCGUCACGCGCUGGCCACCCCCACCCCCAUUUUAGCGAAGGGGAAAAAAGUAAUAAUACAUGACACAAGUUUGACACUCCUGCUCUAUAAGUACAGUAGCCACCAUCUAAUUCUUGCUCUCAGCUACAAGAUUGUCCAAUGCACAGCCCUCCCUUUUAUAAAGUAAAACAAGUCAAUCUUUUAAAAUGUCCUCAGAUACAUUCCCAUCAGAAAUUAUCAUGGUGAACAUAAUUACCCGGUGUUAACUGCAAUCUCCACUGAUGGGCACAGAUGAAAUAAAUAAUAAAACUGAUAAAACCCUA